GCAGCAAAGGAAGAUCACAGAUUGGCCUGUCCAUCAUAGAGGCCACGUCACAGCGUUCCAACACUGUUUGGAAGCGGUACGGAAUGCUGGCGAUGUGGAGAUUGUCCCCCACGACUUGGCUGCUUUCAACAACUAUCUCCAAUGGUUUCAUGAAAGCACGCGUAUCGAGCUAGUGAAACCCGCGUAUGAUGACGACAUCUUGGACGACCCCAUCGAGUUCGAUGAGCUAGCGCAAAGCCAGCACGACACCUUUGCUCGCAGAGGAAGAUCGACUUCUAUUGCUUCCGAGUUGAACUUCGUGCGGUCUGAGAUCCAAAAAACAGCUGAGGAGUGCGAGGUUGUUUGGGAUCAGAGCCAUACAGAUGAGAAGCCUAUCGGACCGAUGCAGCAUUUCAUUAAGGUAUGGUCACCAACAUUCAAUGUGAGCUACUGUGUUCGGGUGCCUUUGUAACCAUGACUUCCACGACGCAGAACACUGCACGAAAGAUGCGGCGGUUAGCCAACUUGCUAGGUUGCCGCGACACCGAAAUUGCGGCUACAUCCUCUUCUGAAGAUGCGGAGAUUCCUGACGACGACACCAUCCUGAGUCAAGGCAUUGCGAGUCAACGCAAGAAGCAAGCCACACGGUCUGCUUACCAGUUGAAGCCAAGGGGCAACGCUCCAAAACGAUACACUCCGGACGAUUAUGUCAACCGAGGAAAGAAGGUUGUCAUUGAGGAGGAUGAGACGCCGCCGCGGAGAUCAACUUUGAGGAAGAUGAGGAACGACGAGCCGUUAUCUUCAGAGGAGGAGGAGGAGCAGGAGCAGCAAGAGCAGCAGGAGCAGGAGCAACAGCCACGGCAGCGGACGAAAAGGUUGGCCGUCCGGAAGCAGCCCAUCAGGAGGGGACGUCGCGGAGGAUAGAUGCAUUUGCUAGUGUUGUGAACUCUAUUUCAUAAGUAUCGUGUUGUGAA